CAUUUUCGACGCGGCAGUGGCGUCUUUCCCUCCAUACGCGCCGCCAUCUUAUCUAACGCGCAUCCUCCUUCAGUCCCACCAACCAUCCCCACCAACAGCCUCUCUCCAUCCUCGUCUUUCAUUUUCUUAUCUUUUUCUUCCUUUUUCUUCUCUUUCGACUUCCUCCGGUCUACGUAGUUUUUAUAUGUCAAUCCCGCGCUGUCUCUGUUCAUUAAUUUCCCACUCUGUGGGCAAGAUCUGAAGAUCCAACCUAAUUUUCCGGCGGUGGUGUUUGUAUUUGAAAAAGCAGCAUCUGAUGAUCGGAAGAUGGGAGGAGUCACCUCAUUAAUCGCCGCGAAAUUCGCCUUCUUCCCGCCUAAUCCUCCAUCCUACACGAUAGCAGCUGACGAAUCUGGCGGUGGCCGGCUGUACAUACAGGGGGUGCCUUGCAGGGACGACGUUGACGUUUUGAAGCUCCGUACCGAGCGCGGAAACCACAUCGUUUCUGUACACAUCAAGCAUCCAAAAGCAUCUGCCACUCUCUUGUAUUCUCAUGGAAAUGCGGCGGAUUUGGGGCAGAUGUUCGAGCUCUUUGUCGAAUUGUCAAAUCGGCUCCGCAUUAAUCUUAUGGGGUAUGAUUAUUCUGGUUAUGGUCAAUCAACUGGAAAGCCAACUGAAUAUGAUACAUAUGCAGACAUUGACGCUGCAUAUCAAUGUUUGAAGGAGCGGUAUGGAGUUAAGGAUGAACAAUUAAUAUUAUAUGGUCAGUCGGUUGGCAGUGGUCCCACUGUUGAACUUGCUUCACGGUUACCAAACUUGAGAGGUGUUGUUUUGCAUAGCCCAAUUUUGUCUGGAAUAAGGGUGUUGUACCCUGUCAAAAGAACAUUCUGGUUUGACAUAUACAAGAAUAUCGACAAAAUUGGGUUGGUGAACUGUCAAGUUCUAGUGAUUCAUGGGAAAGCGGAUGAUGUUGUUGAUUGGUCCCAUGGACGGCGACUUUCAGAACUUUGCAAGCAAAAGUAUCAGCCCUUAUGGAUAGGUAGAGGAGGACAUUGUAAUCUAGAGGUUUUUCCAGAAUUCUUCCCAUAUUUGAAAAAAUUUGUAUCAUCACUUGGCAAGUCAAAAGCAGCUGCAAAUGAUUCUGAAAUGACAACAGAAGAUUCAGACAAUCAGAGCAAACCAUCUGAAAAUGGGAACUUCAGAUACAUUCCAAUUGGUGUCUGACCUACCAGAAAUGUCUAGAAACAGUUUAGAUAGUCGACUUGAGAAGUCUAAGACGGCAUAUAUGCCUGAAAAAUCUCGCAUGAGCACUGACCGCGUUGAUAGAAAAAAGGGCAUAGUUUGGUAAUUACAGAUAUACACGACAUGCAUCUAAAAUAAAUUAUGUGCAUUUACCACCGAAGAUAGAAAUUUACCUUCCACUCCAGCUUUUGUAUUAUUGCAUCAAAGGCCUGCAUAAAUUAUCUGAUUGAGUGUGAUAUUUGUCAUAGAUGUUAUAGUUUUCCUGAAUGUAAUAAUGUAUCCUCAGAGCAUAAGUCAGAGCUAGUAAAACCGCCAUACUUUGAAUUCUUCUGUAAAAUCAACAGCUGCCUUAUUUAAAAUGAAAAUAUUGUGCUAGU